AUGGUUAUAUUCGAAAAUUCUAAACAAAAUGAACCUCCUUCCGGUGAUGUGGCAAAUGAUCACAAGAAUACCAAAACACAUAUUGAAUCAUGUGAGGAAACGAUUAUAAACUUAUCAGUAUCAAACGACUCUAAUAACGAAAACUCUCAAAUAGCUGGUUCAAAUUCUCAGAUUGAUCAUCGUUCGAACUAUUUCCGCAAUGAACCAUCUCCAUCUUCUGAUUCACCAAAACUUACUAAUAUCAAUAUUAGAUUAAGUAUUCUUACCAGUUCAAGUUCUCCGAAACCAUUUAAAUAUACAUUGAAGCUUAUUCCCCUACCACAAGCAUUGAAUUCAACUUAUAUAGAAGGAGUAUAUGAAGUUAUUGAUAAUGGUAAUAAAUCAUCCACUCAAGCGUCAAGUGUGAAACAAAUGUCAUCAGACAAAAGCUCAAAUGAAUUUUUCUUUUUAGUAACCGAAUAUUUGACUCCAGUUAAAUCAUAUGCGAAUUGUUAUCAAAAUACACACAACGGCUAUUCUCUCACAUAAUUACUGACUUCAUUCACUUUAAAGAAUAACGGAAUAAAAUAAGCCAAAUACAAGAAUCAAUUUUGAAUACUUAUAUUUCAUACACUCAUUUAUCCAAGCAGAUAAUCAGACAAACGAAGUGAAGGAAGUGAAGUGAGACGAAGCAAAGUGGCGAGCAAUGCAGAAGGAAAGUGGACCAACUCGUUCUGAUCAAGUGUGGCUCAAUAUUCAUAUACAGACAUAAAUAAAUUACCGACACGUAAUAAAUAAAGCAAGCAAUUAACACACAUACGAUCACAUAAAAAACAGUCAGGGUUAAUAAGCGAAUAAGUGAUAAAAUCAAAAUGUGGCUUGAGAAGAAUGAAUAAAUUGGUCUGUCCAGUAGCUUCAAUAACCAUUUGGGCCUGACAUAAUAUCAACCACUACAAUUUCAUCUCCGAGACAAACUUACCGAACGUUUUCAGAUAGUGUAACUUUUGAAAGAUGCAGUUCUCUCAACGUCAAGUGGGAAAAACUUUUUUUAUUACAUUAGACGAAUUACUCAAAGGUUCCACACAAUCGAUUCUCACAGUUUAAUAUCAUUUGUUUAUCAGGUGGAUGAAACCUACUUACAUCUUGCAAAAGAAACUUGCGAUCAGUUAGACAAGCUAAAAUCAAAUCGAAUUUUGAACACUGAAUCUCAUUCUCUGCCAUCGAGUUCUCUGAGAACUCAAACAAAGGUGGAUGAAACCUACUUACAUCUUGCAAAAGAAACUUGCGAUCAGUUAGACAAGCUAAAAUCAAAUCGAAUUUUGAACACUGAAUCUCAUUCUCUGCCAUCGAGUUUUCUGAGAGCUCAAACAAAGAAUAGUCCAAAUGAAUAGAAUAACCAUCAGCUCAUUCAUUUAUCAACGGUAUUAUUUCUUGAUAAUUUAUUUCACUUAUUUUCAGGUCUAUUUAUUUUAUUUUUUUCAUAGAUGCAUUAGUUCUUCAGAUUGAUGUACAUGAUGUAUGAUGCUUAACUAACUAUUCACUGUGAAUAAACAAUUUAUAUGGUAAAUUUAUUUGCUUUUAAAUGGUUCAAUAAAAAAGUGACAAAAAGGAAUAUUAAUAUUCCAGGUAUAGAGCUUAUGGCAACAUUAAAGGGAAUUAGGGCCAACGAAGGAUGAGAAGUUGGAUGAGUCGCUUCUGCACGCAAAGUUCGGGCUUGAGUUUGUGGAUUAUUAAUAUUUCAGUCCAACCUGUCAUCCUUCCUUGACCUUGAUUCAAUAAAAUUUAUAAUCAUUUUGCUCACUAAACAACAGAAAUUCUGGGUAAAUUAUACGUCUUCAGGUCUCAUUAAAUCUGUAAUUCGCUUAACUGAAUGUUAUACUUUUGAUUGAAGCUGAAAAUCACUCGUAUGGACUCUGUGUUAAUUACGAGGCAGCUACUUUACAGUAAGAGAACUUUUUAUGGAAUUGUGUGCUUACUGAGAUUACAGAAAGUAAAAACACGAUCAUCUUUACCUGAAACUCUCUGUCAUUCGUCAAUUUCUUCACUAUCAUGAGUAUUAGAACGACGAUCGAAUCAUGUUGUAGAUUGCAAAUCUAUAAUAAAUUUGGUUACCAGAAUUGAUAUUGUAGCGGCAUUGGUCCUAACUAUAUAAUCCUCAAAGCUGAACAUGAGAUGAUUGGGGAAAUGCAUAUUUAACAAUUAACACGAAGAGAAGGUCAACAAUGGAGAAGACGGGAAGAACUAAUUGAAUUCAAUUCAAUCGAAUAGCAUGGCUCAACCCCGCAGACGUGGUUAUUCUGUAUAACCUGUCUUUAUUCACUUUAAAUAUAUUAUUCUAUAUCUAGCCUAAAUGUGUUCUCCAGAAGUACUAAAUAUCAUAUUGCUCAUUCUCACGAUACGACAAAUCAGUG